UUUUUUUCUUUUUUUUAAAGGGCCAUCACUAUUCCUCAUUUCCUCCUAGAUCUAUAUUUCUUUCUCACGUUUGCGCUGCCUCGCUGCACCUCUUCUCUCUCCUCCAUUGAAGCGUACUGUGGAUUCUCCAUUAAUGCGACUUGUGAGCUUUAUCUCCUCCAUUGAAGUGGCUUGUGAGCUUUAUCUCCUCCAUUGAAGUGGCUUGUGAGCUCUAUCUCCUCUAUUGAAGCAGCUCCCGAGGGGAAAAGAGGACAUACAUUGCUGCUUAAUUGGGGAGAUCUAAAUGGGUAGGUCUGUAAGAUGAACAGCAACUGUCUUGUCCACCCAAGACGGAACUUCUUCAAGGUUUUUGAUACUGGUGUCGUAGAUUAAUCUUCACGCCUCGCCUUCAUGACGACCAAACGUGCUUAUAAGCUACAGGAAUUUGUAGCACAUACUUCUGCUGUCAAUUGCCUGAAAAUCGGAAGGAAGUCGUCAAGGGUUUUAGUCACUGGAGGGGAAGACCACAAAGUCAAUCUUUGGGCCAUUGGAAAACCCAAUGCCAUAUUGAGUUUGUCAGGUCACUCAAGUGGGAUUGACUCAGUAGGUUUUGAUUCUUCAGAAGUUCUUGUUGCUGCUGGAGCAGCAAGUGGAACAAUCAAGCUUUGGGAUCUAGAAGAAGCAAAGAUUGUUCGAACACUCACGGGCCAUAGAUCCAACUGUAUAUCUGUGGACUUCCAUCCAUUUGGGGAGUUCUUUGCAUCUGGAUCUCUGGAUACAAAUUUAAAGAUAUGGGAUAUUAGAAGGAAAGGUUGCAUUCACACUUACAAAGGCCACACUCGAGGGGUCAAUGCCAUUAGAUUUACCCCGGAUGGGCGCUGGGUUGUAUCCGGUGGUGAGGACAACACUGUCAAGCUGUGGGAUCUGACAGCCGGCAAACUACUGCAUGAGUUUAAGUCUCAUGAGGGGCAGGUUCAAUGCAUAGAUUUCCAUCCGCAUGAGUUUCUUUUGGCUACAGGUUCUUCUGACAAAACAGUCAAAUUCUGGGACCUUGAGACUUUUGAGCUAAUUGGUUCAGCAGGACCUGAGACAUCAGGAGUGCGUUGUAUGGCCUUUAAUCCUGAUGGGAGGACCCUGCUCUGUGGAUUACAUGAAAGCCUAAAGGUUUUUUCUUGGGAACCGAUUCGUUGCCACGAUACCGUGGAUGUUGGAUGGUCUAGGUUGUCAGAUCUGAAUGUGCAUGAGGGAAAGCUUCUUGGAUGCUCUUACAAUCAGAGCUGUGUUGGAGUUUGGGUGGUUGACAUCUCGCGGAUAGAGCCAUAUUCAGUUCGUACGCGCUCCAAUGGACAUUCUGAAUUGAAGUCUGCUUCAUCUGGUAAUUUGUCAUUGCAAAACGAAAACCCUGCUAAGGUUGGAUCAGGCGGGCUAUCAACAUCACAUAAUUCAGAUUUGGCAGAAAAAGAAUCAAAACCUUCAGGAAGGCAUUUGGUAAAUUCAAACCAAUCAAAUAAAGAUUCCAGAGUCUCUCCUAAUCCCGGUGGUAUGCCUAGCACCCCUCAGCGAGUCAAUAUGAGCACUAGUCCAAGAAACACAUUGCAACAUACAGCGGUAGUUCAGAAAAGGAAUUCCUCAAAAACACAAUCAACGCCAAAUGCUUCUAUAAACAGUAAACCUGAUGUUACGCCCAUAAUUGUCCCAAGAGAUGAUGCAAGACUAGAGCAAGCAGAAUUCAAGAGGGAAGUAUUUUCCAGGAGAACUGUUCCUCAUCCUUCACAGUCUAAGUCUUCUGAGUCGAGAAGGUUUUCAAGCGCAACUGAAGAAUUUGAUGGGCCAACUAAUACUGUCCAACCUGAAAACACAGCUGUUAAGGCACCAGAAAUGAGCGGAGUUGCAAACAAGAGUAUGUUACCUGCUGUCAGAAACCUGAAUACUAGUCUUCCUGUUACAGAGAGGAACCUGAAAGAGGAUAGGUGUGUCGGCUCAAUGAAGGUUGAAUCUAAUUCCUCAUUGCUGCCUCUUACCAGCUCUCCACUUGACAAUUAUGAAAUUCGAGUACCUAAAACAAGUAAAGAUGCUGGUUCCACAGAACGUGCUGGAAGAACCCGGUCAUUGGUUGCAAACUGGGAGAAUAGAGAAAGAUCCCCCUCUUCUGAAGAUCUUACUACUACCAGCAGUACCUCUAUUGCAAGCAGUGCUGUUGACUCACGUCCUAUUAAGAUGAAAUCUAAGCCGCGGGGAAAUUCUCAUUCAACUGAAAAAGACAUGCCUUCAGUGAGUUCAGUCACAGACGAUGAUAUUAUUGCCCAGAUUAUUGGAAGGCACGAUCAUUUUCUUUGUUCUAUGCAAUCACGUCUGGGUAAAUUACAGGCGGUGCGUAGAUUUUGGGAUCGUAAUGAUGUUAAAGGGGCUAUAGGUGCAAUGGAGAAGAUGGCUGAUCAUAGUGUCAUUGCUGAUGUAGUUAGCCUUUUGACAGAGAAAACUGACGUUGUUACAUUGGAGAUUUGUACGUGCCUCUUGUCACUACUUGCAAGCCUUCUUGAGAGUGAUAUGGAUAGGCAUUUAGGUGUUUCACUUGAUAUGCUGGUAAAGCUGGUGAGAGUAUUCGGUUCAGUCAUUUAUUCUGCAGUAUCAGCAUCAUCUUCUGUGGGUGUGGAUAUUGAGGCAGAGGAAAGGUUGGAGCGGUGCAACCUUUGUUACAUUGAACUUGAAAGGGUUAAGCUAUGUCUGCCAGCGCUUAUGAGAAAAGGGGGCUCAGUUGCGAAGUCUGCACAGGAGCUUAAUCUAGCGCUAAGUUCUGCUUCUGAAUGAUGAGAGAUUCCAUUUCUUGAUGGAACAUAACAUCCAAACCACCUGACUAUUUAAUCGAUGAGACUGCUGCUCCUGAUCUGUCCCAGUACAAGUCAAACACCAUAAUGCAGCAUGCAAGUUCAUGCUGUCUGGGCUUGUGUGUUUAAUCACAUGCUAACUGAAAUCAUUAACCAAUAUUGUUUAUACUUCAUGGCGACUGAAGGCGGAAGCUUGCUUGUGUAGCUCCACCUGCUAAAGUCACAAAGUAAUGCAGGCGGCCACUGAUCCAUUGCGCCUCAUGGAGCGAAAGCUAUUGGUGCUUAAGUGCUUUUACUCCUCUAACCCAAUAUUCUGUAACCACUGGUUUCUUGAGUGAAGGUGUAUUAAAUUUCUUUUGCUCCCAUUUGUAUUUGUGUACCAAGAAAGUUGAUUCACUCAAAUAUGCUUGUAUGUUCAAUUUUUGUGCGUGUCGUGUAGAUAGCUUCACCCGUGUUGCUGCUGUUGCUUAGUUAUCUUCAGUAGUACUAGCAAAUUAUGUUGGGAAAUCUGUGAGGCUUCUAUUAUUGGUAGUAGAUUUAUUCUUUCCAAAGUAGGGUUUGAGAGUGUAAAGUCUUGGUAUGGGGUACUGAAGAUAAAUGGUGCUCUUAAUUUUUUAUUGAAAACAUUACUUAUGGCAGUCUGCAUUGUUUAUAUACUUCACCAGCUUCUUGAGCAUA